CCGCGGCUGUAGGAAAUGACGUAAGUAGCAGGAAGAACUAGCAGCGCUUGAAAGAAAGUGUGUAGUCACUGUGUGUAACCCGGUCUACAGCUUUAUUUUCAGCAUAACGUAAUCAAAUAUUAGAAGUUCUUCAUAUUGGUGCCUGCUUUGUACAUUUGCCAUCAUGUCUAUUAUGUCAUAUAAUGGAGGUGCCGUCAUGGCGAUGCGUGGAAAGGACUGUGUGGCAAUAGCAUCAGACCGGAGGUUUGGCAUCCAGGCACAGCUGGUUACCACCGACUUCCAGAAAAUCUUCCCUAUGGGAGAGAGACUCUACAUCGGGCUGGCAGGCCUUGCCACAGAUGUACAGACAGUAUCUCAAAGGCUGAAGUUCCGCUUGAACUUGUAUGAGCUGAAGGAAGGUCGUCAGAUCAAGCCGAAGACCUUCAUGAGCAUGGUGUCCAACCUUCUGUAUGAGAGGAGGUUUGGGCCGUACUACAUUGAGCCUGUGAUUGCUGGUCUGGACCCAAAGACCUUUGAACCCUUCAUCUGUUCCCUUGACCUUAUUGGAUGCCCAAUGGUGACAGAAGACUUUGUUGUGAGCGGAACUUGCUCAGAGCAGAUGUACGGCAUGUGCGAGUCACUAUGGGAACCUGACAUGAAAGCAGAGGAUUUAUUUGAGACCAUCUCACAGGCCAUGCUGAACGCUGUUGACAGAGAUGCAGUGUCUGGAAUGGGAGUCGUUGUUCAUGUCAUUGAGAAAGAUAAGAUAACCACACGUACCCUGAAGGCCAGAAUGGACUAGAGAAAAUACUACUGCUAUGUUUCCUCUCCUACGAUCCCACUUUUUUGUACUGAAAUAGAAUUUGCCUUGUUCCUUUUGUCAUCAUCAAGAUUGAACUGUUCAUUAAUAACAAUAAACAUUUCUAAUAUUUACUCA